AUGAUUGCCUCUCCAAAAUCGCUAUUAGUCGCAACUUCCUUGGUCCCAUGGGUCGUUGCAUCUGUGAUACCACGGCCAUCAGAGAAGUUUAAUUGGUCGUCCAAGAAAGCCCUAUUAAGUCUCGCGUUUGGCGAUUCAUACACAUACGUCCAAGGAACACAUGGCCACCAGAACUAUAGCUUCAUAGGCGACAGCUUCAAUUUCUCAUAUGAUGAAGAGACACUGCUUUCCGACAUGAUUGUCCAGAACCAGACCGGAACUGCAGAAGGUGGCCCAAACUGGGUGGAAUACCUCACGGGAUGCGGAGAAAAACCAGGUUUAACAUCACCACGAUCAUGCAAGAAGCAGCUUUGGGACUUUGCAUUCGCAGGGGCAGACAUCUCAACCGAAUAUACACCUCUCCACCACAACUUUACCGUCCCAAUAGUAGAUCAAAUAAAGCAAUACGCGACAUACGGCCACAAUACUCUCUCCAAGUUCCUCAAGACAAGCGAAACACUAGUGGCAGUCUGGAUCGGUAUAAACGACGUCGGUGAUAGUGCGAAAUACGCCGUCGACUUCCCUACUUUCUAUGCUAAUCUGACGAAUACGCUCUUCAGCUCUAUCGAUACUUUAUACGAUCUUGGGUAUAGAUCGUAUCUCAUCAUGAAUCUUCCGCCUAUGAACCGGGACCCGAGCAAUGUGGAUAGCAGUUAUCCGACGCCUAAUGUGACGCAGGUGGCGUGGUAUAAUGCUGCGUUGACGGAGAGAGCGGGGAAGUUUGGGGCUGAGAAGAGAGAUGUUGAAAUUCGAGUAUUUGAUGCUCACGCGCGAUUGAGUUGGAUUUUGGAUCAUCCGUCCGAGUUUGGGAUCGUGAAUACAACGGGCUAUUGCGCUGGUUAUGAUCAACCCGACAUUGCGUGGAACUAUGAGGCUUAUGGGUGUCCCACACCGCUGGAGGAGUACUUUUGGUAUAACACCGGGCAUAUGACAAGCCACACCCAUCGUCUGUUGGCGUCGGAGUUAAAGAAGUGGCUCGAGAACUAG